AUGGCUCCACGGAAGAGUACGCAAGAUCUUUCGUCUCCGCCCCGUCGUACGUUGGUCAUUGAUAAUGGCGGUCACACCAUCAAAGCUGGCUUCUCCUCUCCAGCUUUCGCGGAUCCUCCUCCUGCUCCCUCUGACGAUUCCCAGACGCCCCAGACUGCUCUUCCGCUCCCAUCCAUCAUUCCAAACUGUCUGGCUCGAGACCGCGAUAAGAAGGUAUACAUUGGCUCACAACUUUCGAGAUGCGACGACUUCAACGAGAUGAUUUUUCGCCGUCCGGUGGAGAGGGGAUAUCUUGUCAACUGGGAGGCGGAGAAGGAGAUAUGGGAACAUGAAUUCUUCGACCAAAAGGCGGCUCUAAAAUGCGACCCCUCCGAAACAGGGCUGAUCCUCACCGAAGCACCAAACGCCUUGCCACAGCUUCAGACUAAUUGCGACCAGGUGGUGUUUGAGGAGUUUGGUUUCGCAAGCUAUUAUCGUUGUCCAGCCCCCUCAUUGAACGCAUAUCACAAUAUUCAGUCCCUCUUUCCGGUCCCUCGAGCACCCCCUAAAACGAGUUCACCAGCAGAAAUCCUCCUUUUGAUUGAUUCCGGUUAUUCCCAUACAACCGUAACACCACUUUUGCAAGGCCAAGCGAUCCAGCCUGCAGUGCGUCGACUGGAUAUAGGUGGGAAGUUUCUAACCAACUAUCUUGCUCGCUUGAUAUCCAGAAGACAGUACGACAUGAGGAAUGAUACCUACAUAGUCAACGAGAUCAAGGAGGCAUGCUGCUACGUUUCAAGGGAUUUUAAAGGCGAUAUGGAGCGAACAUGGAAGGGACCAAAGGGCGACCGUCGGGAGGUGUAUGCCACGAGUGAAGGUAUCGCGAUAGAUUAUGUACUUCCUGAUUAUCAUAAGAGGUCUAAAGGAUAUGCACGAGAUCAUGACCCAAAUGCGGCGGGGAAGUUGAAGAAUCUUACCACAGGAAAGUCUGUGGAAGCAGCGGAGGAUAUCUUGACCCUGAGGAAUGAGAGGUUUACAGUACCAGAGAUUCUGUUCAAUCCGUCCGACAUAGGCAUGAGGCAAUCCGGAAUCGCUCAGCUAAUCUGGGAUAGCCUGUCUGCUGUUCCAUUCGGGCUCUGGCCUGGCUUCUUGGCCAAUGUCGUGAUAGUUGGCGGUAAUGCGAAUGUACCUGGUUUUUCUGAGAGGCUUGAUAUGGAAAUAAGAUCACUGGCUCCAGCCGAAUGUAUUGUCAGAGUUGCAAAAGCUGCAGACCCUAUUGUUAGCACAUGGCAAGGUGGUGCAAUUCUUGCUACUGAUGUGGAGGCGCUCAAGAGGCUGUCUAUUACUAAACAGGAGUAUGAAGAGCACGGAGCUGCUUGGGCUGCGAGAAAGUUUGAUGGGAGAUGA